UCAGAUGCAAGCCAAGCUUUACCGAAAGGUAAGGUACCUAGGUACCUAGGUAAUUCGCGCUGUUCCUAACCUCGGCGUACCCCGAAAGGGUACACUAAAAGUAGUCCACAACGUCACUACCGGCUACCGCUACUACUUCCCCAGAAUCGUUCUAAACUUCCCGCCAUUCUCUAAGCCUCAUUAAACGUUACAGAAAAGUUGCACAGCUCCGGAGGUUACGACGACAGCAACAACGACAACAACAAUAAUAAUAAUAACAGCAAUAACAACAACACAUACAUGCGUUCGAAGUCAGGCCAUUAAUGACGAAAUUUAUAUCCACAAAGUAAGCAUUAUCAAAUUGUGAGUAUCGUACUACCAUGUGGCUGUUCAGAUGAACUCUACCAAUUUCGCCCAAGCCCAGCAGCGGUUGGCUGCGCGCCGACAAGCUCGUGAACGAGAAGCUCAAGCUCGACUCGACGCUACCCGCCACGCAUCGCGAGCCUGGUCAGAAGUAACGCGUCUACCGUACCCCCUAAAUCGAGUUGGGACUUCGUCGUUAUCAAUAUGGGAAGUAAUCUCGUCGCGUGAAGGCACGAGACCUGCAUUUCGAGUCGGUCAAGUCGAUGCCGAACUACUAGACGAGGACCUCGUAGGCCAAUUACGCGACCAAGUUGGAGAAGCGCUUAAAUACUUUGGGGGUACACUGAAGGACGACUGGUCAGCUGAAAUCCUACUCGUUCUUCGUGCAAUACUGUUCAAACUUACGGUCUGGGAUCAUAAUGCGACCUAUGGUGCGGCUCUUCAGAAUCUCAAAUAUACGGACGCGAGACGCGAUGGGCCAGUCUUAACCCCUCCUAGUAAAUGGCAGAAGAGCCUCUACGGCCUUAUUACUGUAGGCGGGAAAUAUGGUUGGACAAAAUGGGAGAAUUGGCUACUGGACCAAGACAAUGGAUAUGAUCAACCCUCGCCGAUGGUGCGGCGGCUUGGCAACCUCACAUCUCGGAUCACUACUCUCCACUCGGCAGCUGCCUUUGCAUCGUUCCUUGCGUUUCUCUUGCAUGGGAGGUACCGGACGAUCCUAGACAGGGUACUAAGAAUGCGUCUUGCUCCACCCACUAGUCAAGUCAGCCGCGAAGUUUCUGUUGAGUACCUCAACCGGCAACUGGUAUGGCAUGCAUUUACCGAGUUCCUACUCUUCGUCCUGCCGUUAGUAGGGAUCAACAGAUGGCGUAGGUGGCUCAGUCGCACGUGGAGGAAGACCAAAGAGAUUAUCAAUGUCAGCAAGGAGGGCGACGUCAACGAGAAGCGUGGAGACUAUGCCUUUCUACCUGAGCGUACAUGUGCUAUCUGUUACCAGGAUCAAACCUCGGCCACCUCAGAGACCGAAGUACUAGCUGCAGCUGCCUCCAGUGGAGUGAUAGGCUCGGCGCAGACGGAUAUCACGAAUCCAUACGAGACCAUCCCGUGCGGUUGCAUAUAUUGCUUUGUAUGCAUAGCAACUAGGCUAGAGCGCGAAGAGGGUGAAGGCUGGACAUGUCUACGGUGUGGUGGCCUAGUAAAGGAAUGCAAACCAUGGAAUGGUGAUGUCCUAGAAGUACAACCAAAACCAUCAGCACCAGUCACGAAGCACGUAGGGUUUGUCGAUGAUGAUAAAUCCGCCCCCACCCCUCCAGAUGACGAUGAUGAUGACGAUAGCAUUCAUCAAAGCCCGCAAACAAGACUAGAAGAGCCGCUCGAAUCACCGACGUCCAAUGCCACUGAAGAUGGCGACUCGGAGGUAUACGAAGAAGAUGAGGCCGUCGUGGAGGAGGGGUUCGACGACUAAUUCGUCUAUUUUAAUGACACAUAGCGCCUCUGUGUAACAUAAUUCUACCAACUAAACAACCCGUGCCUCACGAAUCAAGUUAUCAAACGACCCCGAACUCUGAACGAACGAUGAAUGCCAAGUGGAGGCAUAUGAACCCUGUAUCUCUUGGUCUAGAUUGUCACCUACAGGGUGUGAAUGCUUGUUCUUGAAUGGCAUGCCAUGUCUCUUAAGAGUUGGACGUGAGAUAGGCUAUUAAGUAACCUUACCCCCUGGGGUCCAACUCAGUAGGGCUGCAGAACAAGUGGAGAACGCGGGAGGCGUAUGCGAUCCCAAGUUACCGGUUGAAGAUCUCACAUCCCGUAUCGGCGGGCUCA